AUGGCGAAGUUUGUGGUUGCAGGAUUUGUUUCAAUUGUUGCAGGCAGGGCAAAUUGUCCUUAUUUUGCCAAGUGUGAAAUUGUGGCAGAUCAUCUUUUGCAAAGCUUGCCAGAUUUCAAGGUUCAUAAGAUUGUCAAGCAUCCUGAAGAUUGGCAGCCAUGGCUUCAAUCAUUAUGUGAAAAAAAUGACUGGAAGCAUGAACAUUCCCCAAUCAUAUGGCGAGAACUUGUGGACCGUGGAGGAAAGGGAUCACUAUUAGGUGGAUUCAAUGAAUUUAUGGAGUACGUGCAGGGUUACUAUGGAUAUACUUCUGAUAUGCAAACUGAUCUCAUGAUCAAAAUUGCAAAGGAGAACUUCAAGACUAGCCUGAAGGACAUGGAAGAAGAGGCAAUUAAAAAAAAUCAGAUAAAGCCAAUGUCAAUCUGGAUUAGUGGAGCAUUAAAUCCUGCCUGCUAUAUUCUGAUUCCUAUCUUGCUAAGUGGAGAGAUAUUUGGUGAAAAAACGCUUAUCAACUUAAACCUGUUAGACGUUGAAGGCUCCAUGCCAAGUUUAAAUGGCUUACAAAUGGAGGUUGAAGACAUGGCCUGCCCGCUACUUCAUAAAGUAUCAGUGUAUAAUACCCUAAGAAAAGCUUUCAUGGAUGCUGAAAUUAUCAUCAUUCUCGACGAUACUGUACCAGAUGAAAAUCAAUCUUUGGAAGACUGCUACAAAGACAUGAUCAAUCUCUACCAAGACAUUGGGGUUAGGAUUGACACUUUUGCAAAAUUUAAUGCCCGUGUGAUUGUCGCUGGUGAUCACAUAUUGAAUUUGAAAAUGCAUAACCUCCUGAGUGGUGCAUUUUCCAUCGAUCAUAAUAAUAUUGUAGUACUGUCAACUCAACUUGAAGGAGAAGCCAAGGCACAAAUAGCUAAGAAAUUGAAUGUGAAUACACGAGAUGUGAAUAAUGUAAUAGUUUGGGGAAACAUUGGCAGAACUACUUACAUUGACCUGCAUAGAGCACGUGUUCAUCGAUACGAAAGUGCUGUUUGGGGUCCACCUGAGUUUUCACACCCUGUAUUGGAGGUACUGAAUGAUAGUAAAUGGAUAGAGACAGAAUUCCGGGAAGCAGUAAAUUCUCACCGAUCAACAGUUCAGAAGAUGUCAAAGCGUCCUAUAGGGUUUUCCUUGGCUGCUGCAAUAUACAAAGUCUUGCAUUGCUGGUAUUUUGAUUCACCACCAGGGGAGAUAAUGUCUCUUGGAGUUGUCAGUAAAGGUGAUUUCAAUAUUCCACUGGAUAUAAUUUUCUCUGUGCCAGUUCGAUUUUGUGGUGGAAAGUGGGUAAUCCAGACAGACAUUGAGAUCAGUGAAGAGACCAAAAAUAAGCUGAAAUACAUUGUUCAAGAACUGAAGAUGGAGACACAUUUAAAUUUCUCUCCCAUAAGUGAAGGGGAGAUAGAAUCCAGUCUCUCAUCUACUGCAGAACCACAUAUAUCAGAAUCUGAGGAAAUAAGUCCGAAGGAAAAUUCAGUUAUAGAAGAAUAA